GGAAAGCUGAAAGUGUCAGGCUCCACCUCUUUUUUUUCCAAAACUAAACAACAUGGAGCAGAAAAAGCGGAAAUGCGUUUCAACUCUGCUGGAUUCCUAUGUUUAGAGUGUUUUAUUAUUAUUAUUUUUUUUUUUUUAAUGUCCAUAUAGCGAAAUAUGAGAGAAUUCAGUGUGAUAUAGGAGUUUAUGGCGCUUUAUGAUUUGUCCUGGAUGCUAAAUGCGUUGGUCUCGUGCGACCUUCUCUUUCUACUUCGCGUGCAUCCUAUUGUGUUCGGCGCGAGCCGUUCACCGCCGCCACAAUGCGCGCGUGCUUACUCUGAAACCGGAGGAUAACGGCACAGUACCUCUACCGGAGGAGUGCAGCACCAUGGCUCAGUGCUCAAGUUCGAUUGGAUUCGAUCAGAGGAAUCAGUGUGAGCAUUUGGACCUUAAUGCAGGAAGCACUUUCCUCUUAAGUCAGUGGAACGAGGAAGUCACUGUCUGCUCAGCGGCCCCUGAGGGACCCUGGGGACACAGCCUGUACGCUCUGAUUGACCAGCUGAGAGAGACAGUGCUUUGGCGAAACCAUCAGAGAGGGCCACGACACACACUGCCUCAGAUAGGGUCUGCUGUAAAGUCAUCAGAAUUUGGUGUCCAGUUCCAGAAAUGUGCUCAGGUGGAAACAGGAAGUGAGUUUCCCCAGGUAAGUGUCUACCUGGUGGUUAAAAACCUUGAGGGCGGAACAGACCUAUCACAACUCAGUAUACGUGACACCAUCUCUGACAUCGUCAGCCUGCAGACCAAUGGGAAAGUGCAGGACAGAGAGUACCAAACCUUCAGCAUGGACACACUGCCCGCUGGCUCCAGUUAUGCUGUAUCAUACACAGCAAGUGUGAAAGGUAGCACAAAUGAAGAUCUGUUUCUACCAGCGUUCCUCACCUUCUCCAGCACAUCUCAGAAUGAUAUAAAUUUAAUUGGGCCUGUGGUGGUGAAUUUCACUCUGAGGAUAAAUACUACUGAAAAGGUGUGUGUGAAUCAUGCCUUACACUUUGCAGGAUUCUGCGUAGCUUUUCUGAUCUCCACACUUCUGCUGUCUUUCACACUACUCACCGCCAGCUGCUUCUACAAGAAGUGCUUAAUGCGCACACCUCAGCAUAGGAAGAGGUGGAGCUUUAGUGUAGAGGCGGAGCCAGAGGAGGCUGUUUCUAACACCAGUGACACAGCCAAUGAGGACGCUGCGUUUGAGGAUAGAAUUGUUGACAUCAUGGCACUGGAGGAUCCACAGGACAUGUCACAUGCUCUGGACAAUUUCGAGAUGUCCUCUCUGUUGCGGGGUGCCGUGAUGGUGGAGUGUGUGCGUGUACAGAUGCUGAAAGGUGUGUUUAGGGUAUUAACAGCCAGAUUAACCGGGUCCAGUAAUGAAGUCAGCAUGGUGGACCUGCUCAGUCAUGUGACCGACAUGCAGGAGGAUCAAAAGUCACAACUUAACACACACUCUACCACUGAAGCACACACAGAGCGACAGCACGUGGAGCAGCGGCGUUUGGAGGCGUUACGCAGGAGAGAAGAGCUCCACAUCAUCAUCAGUGAGGAAAUAGAGGAGGCGGCAAUGACGGGGGGAACACACAUGGCCAAUCAGCUGCUGCACAGAUACUAUACCUGUCAGGAUCAGCUGGAGUCAGUGCUUGAUCUGUUCAUAGCCAAUCAGAGAGCAGCGCUCAGUGAGCAACAGGCACAGCGGCGCUUUCUGUUGCAGGGUUUGCAAGAUCUACAGCGUUCCAUGUGUGACAUGUUCAGUGCUUUCUCUCGCCACAUCGACAGCUGGUUCACCCACAUCCGCAGGGAGGGUGUUCUCUCUGAUCAACACUGUGUGCAGCAGUUGGAGCGUGCUCAGUCGGAGCUCCAGCGUGUCCAAAAAGGUUUUGAGGAAACGCUGGGCCGAGAGCGUAGGUCAGCCCAUUGUGACAUCAUCAAAUCGAGACGAGCACGCAUCGCUGAGACGCUAUUUGAGCAGAAGCAUGAGCAGCAGGAUUUGGUGUGUGGGAGUGUGUGUGACGGACCGCUGGAGGACUACUUGAUGCGCUGGCAGACGCUCCUCUGUGCUCAUAACACACACCUCUCAGAACUUAUUACACACCUGGACCAGGAGGCAGCAGCGCACAUACGGCGGGUGCUGGUGUGUGUGCUGCGAGAUGCUGUAGCCGACCUGAAGCAGGUGGAGUGUGAGACAAGUGAGUCGCUGCAGGAGGCAGGCGUCCCACGUUGGCUCCUCCUCCAGAUGAGGGCGGGGUCAGUGGUAGGCGGAUGCCUGGCCGACACAGAGGCGGAGCUUGGUGUUCGGAAGAGGGAGGCGGCUAAAACGCUACGACUGACACGCAGCAGAAUUCAGCAAAUCAGAGAAGAGGAGCUGCAGCAGCAGAGAGAAAGGAGAGAGAGAAUGCACACAUACUGCAGGAGUGUGUGGGAGAGUCAGUGUUCUCUGUCGGAGAGUGAUCUGCUGCGUAUGCAGUUGGAGUAUGUGAAGAGUGUGUGUCAUCUGGAUCGCUGCCUGGUGCUGCCACACUUGCUACAACGAGAGAAGGGAUGCAACAUUCCGACCAAUCAGAGCACAAAACACACUCUUGAUCAUGCCUCUGGUGAUCCCUGCCCGAUCCUCACACAUGCGCAGGUUUGCGUGUGCAAGGAUGAGGUGUGUGUGUGCGAGGACGAGAUGACUUCGUGCGAGGAGAGAGUGACGAUGCAGGUUGCGGCUGUGCAGUGGGACAAAGUGGAGAGGAAGAACCGAGUUCUGGAAACACACUCCGCUCUUCUGAUGCUACAAAAACUGCUGAUGCAGACAGUGUCACAUGCACUUGUGGGGGAAGAGCUCUCACACGCCAUACACACACACAGUCUGGCAUUAGAGGAGGCGGAGCUACUAUUGCAGAAGGAGGAGUCUGAGUGGGAGCGGUCCAUGGAUGGGCUUGGUCUCAAUAAACUCUUGACUCCUGAUGAGGAAGAAUUGUUCCGAGUAAACGCAGAGUGCACGAUCACUGAGUGCCUGCAGGAGGCACUGUACAAGAGACAGCAGCUCACACACACCCUCGCUGAGAGGUUGAGGAUGGAGAUCAGGAGGCAACAGGUGAUGGAGGAUCUGAGGGAACAGCAGGAGCUAAAGAGGCUUUACACACAUUUUGACCAGGAUCUCCUCCUUGUUGCCUUGCUCGUCAAACUCAGUGGUGUUUCAGAACCAGUUCUCCAGCAGCUCCUGUGCCUCCUGCUGCCUACACAGCCUGAAAGAGAACUACAAUCACUCAUACACACACUUGCACCUAAAGAAGGACGGAUAUUAGGACCCUGCUGCCAUCUGGUGGAAAAACUGAGGAAUGAUGUAAUCAGCAAACACGUGUCACCUGGCUCUCACACACACACUCACAGAAUGCUGAAGAAGAAGAAGCAGAAGCUUGUAGAAAAGCUCUUCUCCAGAUCUCAUGCAGACAAUUUAGGGCAAAACCCACUGCCAGCAAGCAGCCAGCCAAUCACUGCGCCCGCUACACAAAAGGAAGACGCUUCUACUGUGGUGGGAGAGACCACGCUGGAGGGGGUGGAGUGUACAAGCCAUGCUGGUGAAGUGGAAAAGGCUGCAGGCAGUGAAAUGGCAGAAGAAAGACUGUUUACUGUCCGCUGUGCACCAGGAGGAAACCUGGAAAACACACACGUGGGACAUACUACACACACUACACAUACACCACACACUGCAGACGCAUCACACGUGUCACACAGUCACAGGAAGAGGAGGAAGUUUAAGUUUAAAAAGGGAGCAGUGGCUCCUCAAGAGCAGACAUGAUGAAAGGAGAAACCUAGAUAAAUGUGAGACAACAGAGAGAAAGAAAUGGCGAUUAUGGAGACAUAGAAGGUGAGGUAGGGAGACAAAGGUGGAGAGGGGAAGGGAGAGAGACGGAGAGUUUGGUCCAUUGAGCAUUUACAAGGAAUGUUAUUUCCGAAUCCUCCCGCAGAUGUCUCCUGUCUCUCAUAUCAUUCCACAGACAUUCACUUUCACUCAGCAACUUAAUAACGCUGCACAAGCAGUUCUAUUCAUCUAAUCUCACGUUACAAUUAAAUAAAAUGUAAGUGUUUAGUUGGAAAUGGCUAUAAUCACAGACAAGCGACACUAAGCACAAUUAAAGGCUUGAGAGCUGUGAUUUGAUUCCGCACGUUAACGUAUUUCCUUUUGAAACAAGAGGACGGAGUGUUCCUUGACUCAAAGGCUUGACACAUUUCCCACACAGAGAACGUUAUUCGAGAUAAGCCACGCCUCCUGCUGAAUCUAACCAGACUCGAGAGUGGCUUAGCAAACUGGCUAAAUAGGAGACCUACACAUUUUUAGCUGCGUAGGAUUUCUCACUGCCAACUUGCCCAUUGUGACUGUCAUGUUCCAUGUACACAUACCGGCUCUAAUCACAAGGUAUUGCUUGAAAGGAGAAUAACAUACAGGAAGCUGCACAACCACAACUGCAUGAAUGACCCAUGUUUGCAAUUUGUUGUGCCUAGUUUAUUUACAGGAGCAUGACAAAUGUGUUCUAGAGAGCAUUUGAUUAGAAACCAAUUGAACAAGUGCACGAUAAAGCACCAAAAAAAAAAACAAACUUGCUGACAAAACAUUUUUAUAUACUGUCUUAUUUACCGUAUGCACCAAGAGACUCGUACAAAAAGCUCUAAAACAUCCAGUUUUGAGUUGAUGGCGCUUUUAAGCAGACAGGUGUUACUAUGCUGCUGUGUGAUUUCUUAAAGGACUACCUUUUGUAGCUGUAAUAAAAUCAUUUCCUAUCUGUAUUGUGUGUAAGUAAUUAUAGAUUUAGUGAGUAAUAAGCAUGUAACAAGCAUGUAAUUACGUGGGUUACAGUAGCUCAAGCUCCAGCUGGUCGUUUUCACUGAUCACAUAGACCUGAUCAUCUGUUAGGGUUUAUUUUAGUGAUGAUCUGUUUACUGUCAGUAGAGAUCCCCAUUAUGAGUGCAUUAUGGCCAAAUUUUGACUCAGCCUGUUUAUCUCAUUAAAAAAAAAAAACUUAUUCGCUGCAUUUAUAGCCUACAAUGAGUAUCAACAUUCUGUUACGACUUUCACUAGUCCACUCUGUAGGUCACGUUCUGCACUACAAUAAUUUUACACUGGCAUCUCCACUAUGCUAUUGAAUAAAACUGAUUUGUAAUAAAUACAUUUACUCUGUUUCUAAA